UAGAAUGUCAUCUGUGUUGUAGCAACACCAACUGCCUUUGGACAGUUGGUUCAGUGCCCUUACAGUUCAGCCAUGAACAUGUUGGCACGACUCAGGAGCCUAUUGGGUAGAGAGAAUGGAGAUGGAAGAGAGACCAGAGAGAGGCAGACACAUCAGGCUCCUUGUAAAAGAUCAAGAAAGAAAUGGUCCAGAAGAUGGUACAGGGCCUCCAAGGAGCCACCACCCACUCCAACCCACCUUACAAAGAGGCAAGUGAAGCAGAAGGUGGAGAGUCUGACCACUCAGCUUCGGGAGAUGACCACCCAACGGAAUGAUCUGAGAGAUCGGCUCAUCUUAGUAACCGAAGGAUCCUUGGACAACAGGCCCUACCACAGGCCAAAUCCUUUCUAUGAAUGUCUCAAGAUGGAACAUCAGCAGGUCAUGUCAGACCUGCAGAAUUUUGAGAAUGAGAAUAUGGAGGCCUCACAGAAGCUCAGUGAGCUGACUAAGGAGAAUGUCUUCCUUUGUGAUCUGGAGAGCCGGCUCCUGAUGGAGCAGAGUCAGCAGAUGAAGAAGUUGGACAUGCUGAGGCUAGAGAAGGAGAAAUUACUGGAGGAAUGGGUCCUGCUGAAGCACCACUUGGGUGAAUUGAAAGUGCUCUGUAAGGACCAAGAAGAGACCAGUGACCUCCAGAACCAGCAACAGCAGGAGCAGCAAAGAAUGGAGGAGAGACUUCAGAGCUUGCUGAAGCAGAGGGAGCUGGUCACACAGCAAAUACACUUGGCAAAAAAGCUGCAGCAUCAUUUGACUGUCUCCCAGAUGAGGUCAGAAAAUCUCCAACAUGAGCUUGAACAAUCCACAGCUCAGGAUGAGAGCCUCCUGCCGACAGAGCUGCUGCAGCAGGAGCACUAAGUGACAUAAGCAAGUGAGCCAUCAUGACAUCCCAUCCCCAGCAACAUGGCAUUUGUGGGGUGGAGUUCUUCCUUGAUUCUGGUUUCCUAUGUGUGAAUAAGCCCUGAAUUUGUCUAACCAGAAACCCAGCAAGGCUGUUUUUAGAUCUGAUUGCCUUUUCUUCUCUCACAGCACCCUUUAUGAGAACUGAGGAGGCUGGAGGAAUCCAUUGUCAACUAGAAACCCUGACAUUCUCCACUCUAUGAUCAAGGCCUCCUCAGAGGAAGACAUGUACUACUAGUUGUCAAAUCACCAGUGAGGCAAAUAUCAUCUGCCCUGCUGUGGUCCAUCCAUAAUCUGAUCCAUGUGUCUGUUGACUCACCAGUUAUGGAGUAAAGAAACCAUCAACAAGAUUAUUGAGUUUCAAAAAAAACCACCAAGAAUUAUGCAGAAAAAGCUGACAUCUACCAGCAAGUGUUCCCUGUGAGAGCCACAACAACAUGGAGAGAGAAUAUGUUUCUGCUCGUAGUUACUCUGAAAGUUUAUUGCUACAAAUUUUUAUGAGCUGACUGAGUCCUCAGCCCUUCAUAUGUGGAGGGAGAUACGUCAACAGAGACUGUGUUGUUGUAAUGCUGCUAUCCAGACAGACCACACAAAGGAAGCAUCAUAUUCUCACUCCAGUCCAGUGCUGGACCUACUCAAUUUCAUGCACAUGUGAUGGUGAAGUGAAUUGUUCUGAGAAAUGAUUUAAGAAGGAUGCCACCAUGAGCUUUUAUGUCUUGAAUAGCAGAUGCUCCCCAUGUUCUUUUUCGUCUUGAAUCGGCACACAGACACAUUUUAGCUGACAGAAUCAUAUAGUGGCCAACAUAGCAUAAGAUCAACUUUGGCAAUGGCCUAACCUAAGAGCCCCAAAGUGGCAUGACUACACUCUUGAAAAGGUUAUUUCAAUUCAGGGUUGUCUUCCAACUUGUGUCCAAAGCCAGCCACAGAGUGUAGGACAGUGCACUAAAUCUGCACGAUGAGAAUGCUUCUUAGUGUAAAUAGUUUUGGUUUGUUUUUGGGUUUGCAUGAAUUUAUGUUGUGUUCUUUGUUUUGUUUUGCUGGUUUGUUAUUUUUUGGUUCUUUGUUCUUUCUUUGAUUUUAUAUAUUGCUAAGUCUAUACACUGGAUAUACCAAGUGCCCCUUUUAAGCCCCUAUUCAGUCAAAUCUCUCUAAUUUCACAAAUAAAAAAGUAAUUUCCAACUCUUCA